UUUUCAGGGGCUGUUCCCCGAGCCUGGCUCUAACUGAAUAGGCCAGAACUUAGCGGUCGCAGGAUCUGACCCUCUGCGGCAGAACCGCGCAAUCGGCGAAGGUGAGGGAGCCUGCAGAGCCAGAAUCCUAUUCCAUCCUCUCCGCUGCUCCGCCGGCGCUUCGCGGCGCGUGCGGGCGGCAGUGCUCGGCCUCCAGGACUACUUUUGGCCCUCGGCAGCCGCCGUCCGCAGCGCCCAGCUGAGCCCACAGGCCCUCGGAGGAGACCUGCUGUGGCUGCGCCGCGCUGCCGUGACCCGGGCUCUCCGCGCAGGACGGACCAUGAAGCUAAAGGAGCUUGAACGGCCUGCUGUCCAAGUGUGGAGCCCAGCCAGCCAGUGCCCUGUGUAUCUCGCUACAGGAACAUCUGCCCAGCAGUUAGAUGCCUCCUUUAGCACAAAUGGCACCUUGGAAAUCUUUGAGGUUGAUUUCAGGGACCCCUCCUUGGACUUGAAACGCAAGGGAGUCCUUUCUGCCUCCAGCAGGUUUUACAAGCUGAUCUGGGGGAGCUUUGGCAAUGGGCUUCUGGAAGCCUCCGGGGUUAUUGCAGGCGGAGGGAACAAUGGCAUGCUUACUCUAUACAAUGUGACCCACAUCCUGUCUUCAGGGAAGGAGCCUGUGAUUGCCCAGAGGCAGAAGCACACGGGGGCUGUCAGAGCCCUUGACUUUAAUCCUUUCCAGGGCCACCUCCUGGCCACAGGGGCCAGUGAUUCUGAAAUCUUCAUUUGGGAUUUGAAUAACCUAAAUGUGCCAAUGACCCCAGGAUCCAAGUCACAGCAGCCUCCAGAAGACAUCAAAGCACUCGCUUGGAACCGGCAGGUUCAACACAUUCUGGCUUCUGCUCACCCCAGCGGCAAGGCAGUUGUGUGGGAUCUCAGAAAGAAUGAACCUAUCAUCAAAGUCAGCGAUCAUAGCAACAGGAUGCACAGCUCAGGCUUGGCCUGGCACCCAGAGAUAGCCACCCAAUUGGUGCUCUGCUCAGAAGAUGAUCAUCUUCCAGUGAUUCAGCUGUGGGAUUUGCGCUUUGCCUCCUCUCCCCUGAAGGUGCUGGAGAGCCACAGCAGGGGGAUCUUGUCAGUGUCGUGGAGCCAGGCUGACCCUGAGCUGCUGCUCAGUAGUGCCAAGGACAACCAGAUCUUGUGCUGGAACCUGGGGAGUGGUGAGGUAGUAUAUAAGCUACCCACACAGAGUAGCUGGUGCUUUGAUGUGCAGUGGUGCCCUCGGGAUCCUCCAGUGUUCUCUGCUGCCUCCUUCGACGGCUGGAUCAGUUUGUACUCCGUGAUGGGUAGGAGCUGGGAAGUCCAGCAGAUCAGACAGGCUGACAAGAUCUCUUCUUCCUUCAGCAAAGGCCAGCCUCUCCCACCAUUGCAGGUGCCAGAGCAAGUGGCCCAAGCAUCAUUGAUACCUCCUCUACAAAAACCCCCCAAAUGGAUGAGAAGGCCAGCAGGUGUUUCAUUUGCUUUUGGGGGAAAGCUGGUUACCUUUGGCCUCCCCAGCACCCCUGCCCAUCAGGGGCCACAGCCUUGCCUCCGCCUAGUCUUCGUCAGUCAAGUCACCACAGAAUCUGAAUUCCUGAGGCGGUCAGCUGAGCUGCAGGAGUCCCUGGGGUCAGGAAAUCUCCUGAAUUAUUGUCAGAACAAGAUCGAACUAACGUCACUACAAAGUGAAAAGAUGCUCUGGCAGUUCCUGAAGGUGACCUUAGAACAAGACUCCAGAGUGAAAUUUCUAAAACUAUUAGGAUACAGUAAGGAUGAACUUCAGAAGAAGGUGGCCACGUGGCUGAAGAGUGACUUGGGGCUGGGUGAGAGCCCUCAGUCCGAGGGAGAUGAUCACAGUAACAGACAGCAGGUCUUCUGCAGCCAGGCCUCAAAACACAUCACAGAGGAAGCUUCUGCCUCCUCAACCUUCUUUGAUGAGCUGGUCCCUCAGAGUAUGACUCCAUGGGAGAUCCCCAUCACAGAAGACACUGAUGGACUCCUGAGCCAGGCUCUCCUGCUUGGAGAACUGGGCCCUGCUGUGGAGCUGUGUCUAAAGGAAGAGCGCUUUGCUGAUGCCAUCAUCCUGGCCCAGGCUGGGGGUGCAGAUCUGCUAAAGCAAACACAGGAGUGCUACUGGGCCAAGAAGAAAAGCAGAAUCUCCUCGCUUCUAGCCUGUGUUGUACGGAAGAAUUGGAAGGAUAUGGUGUGUACCUGUAGCCUGCAGAACUGGAGAGAGGCACUGGCCUUGCUACUGACAUACUCAGGGCCAGAGAAAUUCCCUGAGCUCUGUGACAUGCUGGGUAUGCGCAUGGAACAGGAGGGUGGCAGAGCACUGACCUCUGAAGCCAGACUCUGUUAUGUGUGCUCAGGGAAUGUGGAGCAGCUGGUGGAGUGUUGGGCAAAAUGCCACCAGGCUUCAUCCCCCCUGGCUCUACAGGACCUGAUGGAGAAGGUGAUGGUCCUGAAUAGGAGCUUGGAGCUACUGCGGGGUCCUGAUGGGGUGAGCUCAGGCCCUGCCACAACCUACAGGGUCACUCAGUAUGCCAACCUCCUGGCAGCCCAGGGCAGCCUGGCCACUGCCAUGAGCUACCUACCCAGGGACUGUACUCAGCCACCAAUUCAGCAGCUGAGAGAUCGGCUUUUUCAUGCCCAGGGGUCUGGUGUCAUGGGCCAACAGUGUCCUCCUUUUCCCUUCCCCCGGGUUGUUGUGGGGGCUACCCCCCACUCUAAAGAGACAUCAUCUUACAGAUUGGGAUUCCAGUUUUCUCACCAGGUUCCAACUCCAUCUCUAAGGCCAAGGAUUUUCACACCUCUAGUGACACCCUUGACACCUUCCCAUUCUAGCCCUUAUCAAAGCUCCAGAAUGCAUAAUAUAAGUGACUACGGGUCACCUGGGCCCCAGGCAGCCCAGCCUUUGCCCUUGGGCCCUGGGGUAAGGCCUGCUUUAUUUGAGCCACCACUGUUAAGAGAGCAAAAGGCACAAGUUCCUAACCCCACGGGGUUCCCUGGAACAUGGCCUCCUCCUGGUCCACCUCCACCCAUGGCACCCCCAGACACCAUACAGCCUGGCUCUGCCUCCCUGGCUGAGACUGCUCAACAGCUCCCUCUGCUUCCUGUGAGACUCCCAGGUCUCAGCCCUAUGAGCUUCCAGUCCCCAGCCCCUCCUGUCAGCUUCCCUGUGACACACCCUCCAGGAGGGCCUGGUGCUCCAUGCUCUAAUGCCCUCCCAACCACUGGCCUCUCGACUGUUCCCCCAGGACCUCAAGAUUCCUUGAAAAAUGCCCCAGUGCCCAGGACAAACCUUCAGAGGAAAAAGUUGCCAGAGACAUUUAUGCCCCCGGCACCGAUUACCACUCCAGUUAUGAGCCUCACCUCUGAGCCACGAGGGGUCCUUUCCUCCCAGCCUUCUGUCCCUGGUGUGGGCCAUGCUCCUCCCCCAGGAGCACCAGGAGAACUCAGCCUGCAGCAGCUUCAGCAGCGGCCACCUGAGAAGGUGGAAAGGAAGGAGCUGCCCCCAGAGCAUCGGUCCUUGAAGAUUAGCUUUGACAAGCUUCUACGACGCUGCUCCCUGUCUGCCACUGAUUUAAAGACAAAACGGAAGCUGGAUGAGGCAGCCCAACGUCUAGAAUGUCUAUAUGAGAAGCUCUGCCAGGGGACACUGCCUUGCCAGAUUUUCUUACCGCACACUGUCAAGUAAUUCUGCCAAGUGGGACAGCCAGGUUAGUAUAUGUUGCUGCUUGAUUAGGAAAGAUCAAGUUGAGAGAUUCAACAGGCUCAGAUCAAAGCUGAGGGACUGAGCAAAAGGCCUUUUGCCGAUUGUACUGGAAAUGAAUGAAGCAAUAGGAGACCCUGAAGGGCAGUGUGUCCCUGUGAGGAAGGACAGGCAACCUCUCUCCUCAGUAAGUGUUCAUCGACCAGAAGAUAUGUAGGGAAGAGACUAGGGGUUUGGGUCUGACCUGGCCACUGCCCCAGUCUGGAAUAUAAGAGGAGUCUUUCCACUGUCCUGGGUUGGCCCCGAAAGCCUCAGCCCCUGUUACCUAUUGAGAGCCACAUUUCUGUGUUGUCUCCUACUCUGGGAGGUAGGAUGAGGUGGUCUGGCAUCUGACCAGUUCUCCUAAACAGCUGCCCCAUACCCAGACCCAGGGCCAGCCUCAGAGAAGGGAGAUGGCUGGGAAGCUCCUUGGGCUGCAGUCUGUCAGGGAUUUGGCUCUUCUCUUUCCAGAGCCCUCUUUCAGAAGCAAGUCCCUGCUGGACUGCUUCUGUCUCAAGCACCAUAAGCAGUGAGCUCUUAGCUACUGAGUGAAUGUAUUGGUGGAAGAUUUAUGUGGAUUAUUCACUAAUUGUUGGCAGAUUAGCCUCAUACAGACCAGUGUAACUACUUAGGCCAUCAGGGAAGUGAGGCUUAAGGGAGGAUAGUGUUCUGGCAAGGUGGAAGGGAAGAGAGGGCCUAGACAUUCUAUCUUCCACUCACCCUUACCUGUGUCCCCAGGAAUAAGUUCAAUACCUAGAAAAGAAGGCACAUAUCACAGUGACUGUAAUAAAUUAAAGUUCGAGGUGCUGAACUUCCUAUUGGAAAGUUUCCCUGCAGGAAGUUUACCUAUCGAAGGAAAGUAUCCAAUGCCCUGAAUCCUGCCUGUUUGAGAUCCAGGUUUGUGAAAAGAAAGGGUCCCAGCUUCUCCUGCUUUAUGAUCUGCUUUUAGAGGUGCAAGCUGGGAUCUGAAUGGGAAAUUGACAUUCCUUAGCUCAGUCUUGGCUCAAAGGAACAAGGAUCAUUUGGGGAAGGAGAAGAGGUAACGGCGGCGGCUAGGAGGAAACAGUAGGGAGAAGCUGAUGUUAAAAGAUAGCAAGUGACUCGUAAUCUGCCCUUACAUAGUUCCUAGACAUGGGGGGUCUGCCUGGAGCACCUGGGGUGAUUGUCUAUGAAGGUCUGACUGGCAAAGUCCACUGGAGACGUGUAUCACAAGGAUGAGAAACACCCUGGUUUCCAGCAAGUCGGCACUCUGGGGUUCCCACUGCUUCCAUCUUCAGGCCCUGCCUCUAGGAAACGACCCCCAAAGACAUGCUUUCUCCUGCAUCAGUUUUGUCACAAUUUUUCUUAAGGGAAAGGGAAAAGGAGAGAGGAAGCAUUAGAGAUCACUGGGGUGCCUGUCAACAGUUAGCAAGGAAUCAAAAGCAUGGAAGGAGCUCUGCAGGGAAAAAAAAAAAAAAAAAAAAAAAGAUGUGGCUAUGGUAGAGACCCGGCAGUAGGAAAAUGGGGAAAUGGCGGGAGGGCAAGAAAAUGGGCAAAAGAGAGAAGCAGGGCUUUAGCCUGACCCUGUAUAUCAGAGAAGUGUUCUUCCGGUUCCCUACGGCUGUAUAGGCUAGGACGGGCGUUAGGGCAGCUAGGAAGGGGAGGAGGAACGCUUAUUCUCAUCCUAGUCCAAGGGGAAUCAGAAGCUCAGAAUCUCAGAACUGGGAGCCCUCAGACCUAAGUGUGGACCGUGAGGAUGAUGCAGGGUGAUGAUGGACUGGAGGAGAGCAAAGAGCUAGGAAAGGGGUGGAAAGUGGCAAGCUCUGGAGAGAUUGUAGCGUCUCUCCCUCUUGGGAUCCCUGGGCAGGGG